CCGCCGCGUCGAGUACAUCGUCUGGCUCGCCCACUCUGCAUUGACGCGCCCACCUCAGAUUGUUCCUUUUCCAUUCCAUUAUUGAGCACGGUUAUCGAACCGGAAAGGCUGCAACGGAGAGACAAGCCAAUAUGGCUGGCAAUCGGCCUGAAUACCCUUGACCUCGGGUUUGAUCAGCGUCUAUGACUUUAGAUUGCGCUACAAAGCGGAAUCGCAAAGCGGAAGUGGAACAACCAGCUGGACGGGACCCGAUGUCAGUCCGCAACACGGCUGCGAAGUUGGACAUCCGAGGCGAACCUCAGCGGAAAGGGGAAGCAUACAUGCGGCGACGGAUGUAGUGACUACUGUCAACAGAAGGCGAAACGGAUCAAACACUUCGAGCCGGGAACCCCUCAAUAUGGCAUACAUCCGGCGUCUGACCAAUGCAUAUACUCGAGUCGUCUAUCCGUACCAACGCGGAAUGCGAUCAUAACUAACCAGGUUAUCCGACUGCCGUCCAACCAUCCGCUUGUCUCCCUCGUUUAUCCGCGCCUCGACGCCUCGUUGGCUAUAAAUUUCCUCGUCGGAGACGCCAAACACCAGAAACCAGCUCUCCCAUCUACCGCACUCUCCACUCCCUACCAAAAGCCCAAAUUCACUCGCUCUUACCCUAACUCAC